AAAGGAACGAACUCUUAUCCUAGUUAUCCAAAAGUUCACGCUGAAGUUUCACUUACAGAGACGCCAAAAGACAAUCAACAAUCAGCGAAAAAGAAGAAAGAGUGUUUCUCUUUGCGUUCCAGAAUGACGACAGCAUUCUCGCAUGCAACUCCAAUCCGUUCGCUGUACCAAAAGCCCAAUCCUCCCAAACCCCUCAUUUGCUUUCAAGAUGAUUUUCGCACUUCUGGUAAUGUGGUUUCUUUGACGGCGUCUGCGAAUUAUGUGAGCUUACGUGUCGGAGCAAGGAGAUUGCAGCCUGUUAAGCUAUCUUGGGUAAAGAGAAGAGGAACUGUGAGGUGUGCAACCAUUGAACAAAUAGAAGCGGAAAAAGCUGCGAUUGAGAAAGAUGUGAAAGAAAGGAUGGAAAAGACAAUUGAAAAUGUUAGGUCAAAUUUCAAUUCUAUAAGGACGGGACGAGCUAGCCCAGCUAUGCUAGAUAAAAUUGAGGUGGAUUAUUAUGGCACUCCAGUCAGCUUGAAAAGCAUAGCACAAAUAAGCACUCCUGAUUCAAGUUCUAUCUUGGUGCAGCCCUAUGACAAAUCCAGUUUAAAAGCUAUAGAGAAGGCUAUUGUCGGCUCUGAUCUUGGUAUGACGCCAAAUAAUGAUGGAGAAGUAAUAAGAAUGUCUGUACCCCAGUUGACAUCCGACAGGAGGAAGGAGCUAUCCAAAAUUGUUUCUAAACAGGCAGAGGAAGGAAAGGUAGCUUUAAGGAAUAUUAGAAGGGAUGCCUUAAAAGCAUAUGAAAAGCUUGAGAAGGAGAAAAAGCUUUCUGAAGACAAUGUGAAGGACUUGUCUGGUGAUUUACAGAAAGUCAUAGAUGAAUAUAUGAAGAAGAUUGAUACCGUCUUCAAGCAGAAGGAGAAGGAACUGCUGACAGUUUGACUACAGUUCUGUGCAAUGUGUACAUGGAGUUAGUGCAAUGAUGAAGUUUUUCUUGGAAGGUUCAUCUGGUGCAUAGGCUUGUUACAUGUCUUUAUUUUUCUCUGGAAAUGAUGUAAAGAGCAGUCGGGAACUGGAAUGGUCCCAGUUAAUUUUGUUUGAAUCUGUUGUUACCGGAAAGUAUUGCUUAAAGAAGUGAAUAUGGCUGUAACAACCUGAUUUGAGCACCCAUCUUCAAGUUGAGGCUGCUGGGUUUUGUAACUAUAGCAUCCAGAGUGGAACGUACUUGUUGAUGGUCAAAGAUCUACUGUCGUUGCUCUUUUUUCUCUUUAUUUUGCGGGGCUCUAUAAUCUAUUCGUUUGACCUAA